UGUGUGUGUGUGUGUGUUGCCAGCUGAGCUAUUUGGCGAGAGGUGAACGAGACAGCGCAGAGAGCUGCAGAGGAUGCUUCCAGGGUUUUGCAUACAUUUGUGAUUGCUAGCUUCCCAAAUGGAAGAGAUAAAAGACAGCUUGGUAUUUAAAGGUGUCGCUGAGAGGCUGACGCUUGGUAUUACUCGAAUACUCGAGAACAUGCCUGGUGUGGUGGAUGUGCGUUUUGUAGAGAGGGAUCCUGCAGAGAAGAGGAGCUUGCUGUCAUGGGAGCAGAAAAACACUUGUAUUUUGCCAGAGGACCUGCGAGAUUUCUAUCUCACAACUGAUGGAUUUACACUAACCUGGAGCGUUAAACUAGACAAUGAGUGUGUUCCUUUAGGAUGCAUGAUGAUUAACAGCGUGGCCAGGCUGAGCCCACUGCUCCAACCAGUAUCAUUAUUCUCUCUACCCAAUGUACCCUCACUGGUUGACCUGGACUGGGAGGAAAACGGCACAGAAAUCGGGACGGGGCACGCUCCCGCUGCACCCCAUUUUGAUUCCCGGAGCCGCAUUUUCGAGUUGGAUUCCUGUGGUGGGAAUGGCAAAGUGUGCCUAGUCUACAAAAACUGCACUGCAGGUGUUGUAGCCCAGCAAAGUGAAAUUUGGUUCCUCGACCGCUCACUGUGCUGGCAUUUUCUGACAACAACCUUCUCUUCGUACUACCGACUGAUGAUCACCCACCUGGGUCUUCCUGAGUGGCAGUAUGGCUUCACCCCGUACGGCCCCAGCCCCCAGUCCAAGCAGUGGGCAUCGCUGUAUCAGCCACUGACUUUCAGCUGUGAGCACAGCUUGGCCGAUCCUGCUGGAGAUUCCCAUCUCAAUAAGUUGGAUCCUACGAAGGCCUUCAAAGGCAAAGCCAAGGUACCCGCCCCGAAGAAGAAGCAGUCAGCACAGUGCAGCCUGGGAAGCACUGCCAAGAACCAAGGCAGUACAGGAAGACACAUAGGGGCAAAGCGGUAAGAAUGUUCCUCAACAUUUCAACCGACUCUACUGUGCAUACAACCAACUCUGCUUAGAGGAGCAGUCUGCUGUUUUAUCAUAGGCUGGACUUCACAGCAGCUUCAUGCUCCAUGAGAGCAAGUUUUGAAUGCUGCAUGUCUAAAUCAAUGCAUAACCAGGGUUUCACUUGCCUCAACACAAAACUAAACUUGUCUUUCUGAUCUAAAAAGGUGUUUUUAACCUUGUUCAUUUGAGGUUUAAUGUAGUACUUGGUUUAGGUGGUUAAAAGGAUUUGGAUGGAUUGUCAUACAUUUCAAAACACAGGGAACAUUGUGAAAAUCCCAAUAAUCAUAUUUCAUGCUAUGUGUUAGUGAUGGAGAAACGAGUCUUUCCAGUCAGUUGCAUCAGCAAUAGAUUUAUUAUUGGAAGCUCCAUUUAACACAGUGUUUAACACUAGUGACACCUAGUGUUAAAAAUAAGGCAAAGCAGACAAUUCAUAAAAGAUGAUCAUGUGCUGCCGACAUAGCACAAAUAAUACUGAUAUGUAAUAACAAAUUGCACCACUGCUGUUACAAUGUAGGACUCAGUAACACUCAAUAAGGACACUUUAUCAUUGUAAGUAUGUAGUUAUUUUCAGGUCUGGUUUGCCACUGUACAUAUUUAAAUUUCUGAAUUUGUCAUAUAACAAUAAUAUUUACAAUAUAAAACAUUUUACAAGAAGUGUGAAAAUGGAUUGCUACCACAUGAUUUUAUGUUUAUGUGACUGUAAAAUUCAAGGAAACAGGAUGAAUGAACAUAACACCGUGAUGGUUUCAGUCAGUCGGUAAAAGUGCUUGUAUGACCGAAGACUUAUAUCUACAAAUUGAACCUCAAAAUGAAAGGAUCACAUUAUUUUGCAGGGAGAAAUGAAUUCCGUGAUUUACUGAAAAUGUUGAGGAUUUAGAGUGCAUGCCAAUGUGAACCAUGAAAUGUAACAUGUUGCACUAUCAAAACUGGCAAUAAACCAUCAAGCUAUUCUUCAAUAAUCUAAGUAAGUCACUGGGCGUCACAUCACUGCAGUGCCUCACUGAUGCUGUGUUCCUCUGUAAACCUCACAAACAUAAAAACAAGUUGUUAUUUUGCAUUUGCUCUGAUGAUUUCAUUAAUGAACUUAUUAUAUAAGGAGCAUUUUGGAGAUAACAUUUCUUAGCUUUAUCCAUUUAAGGUUUUAAAUGCCAAAAGUAUGCAUCUGAGCUAGUACACAUCUAAGAUUACAUUUUGUACUGAGAAGCUCCCACAUAGUUAAUCAAGACAUAUUUAUACGUUGCAGCUUUAUGGUACUUUGCACUGGAUUGUUGGAAAUGUGUACAUUAUCUUUGGUUGUGCUGCUGCCCUUUAAAGCUGCGAGGAGCCACUCCUGCAAUUCUCAAAACAUUUAUUUAAGUGCAGUGCUGUUUAAUUUUCCUUCCAUACACUGUAGUUUCCAAUCUCAUGUAAGUGGUCUCCUGUUGAUUAUUAUAAUGAAUGAUAUUUAUAGUGUCUUCCAGUUGUAUCGGCUGCUAUUGCCUCAAUAAUAUAAACAUAAAAUAGAAUCCAA